GUAAAGUCUGUGUGUGUGUGAUGACGUAGCAGCUGCUGAAUCUGGUUUGGCAGGAUUUCUGAGGGAAAGGCGAGAGAGCAGAGACAGACAGAGAGAAAACACAUCAGACUAGUUUAAAGCAGUGUUUACUUCACUGUAUUUAACUUGUCCUGUUAAUCUUCUCCUGCUGGUGUCGACAUAUUGGGUUUUGGUAUUUGAGUCCAGUUUCAGCACUAGGGUGUACUUGUUUCUAUCACCCAGGCCAGUAUAGCAGCAGUGAUGAACUGGACGGGACUGGAGAGUCUGGUGAGUGGAGUCAAUAAAUACUCCACUGCGUUCGGGAGGAUCUGGCUGUCCAUGGUGUUUGUGUUCCGUGUCCUGGUGUUUGUGGUGGCAGCGCAGAAGGUUUGGGGCGAUGAGAGCAGAGACUUUGAGUGUAAUACUCGACAGCCUGGCUGUACCAACAUCUGCUAUGACCACAUCUUCCCCAUCUCCCAUAUCCGUCUGUGGGCACUGCAGCUGAUUUUUGUCACCUGCCCGUCUCUGAUGGUGAUGGCUCAUGUUAAAUACCGCGAAGGAAAGGACAUGAAAUAUGUGAAGCUGCACCCCGGCUCUCACCUGUACGCCAACCCUGGCAAGAAAAGAGGGGGGCUGUGGUGGACCUAUCUCCUGAGUUUGGUCUUCAAAGCUGGAUUUGACUCAUCAUUUCUUUACAUUCUGCAUCGGAUAUACCAUGGAUAUGACUUGCCCAGGUUAUCCAAGUGUUCACUGGACCCAUGCCCUAACACCGUGGAUUGCUUCAUUAGUCGUCCAACAGAGAAAAAGAUCUUCAUGUUGUUCAUGGUUGUAUCCAGCGCGCUGUGCAUCUUCAUGUGCAUCUGCGAGAUGGUUUACCUCAUCGGCAAGCGCAUCGCCAAAUUGUUAAGGAUCCGCCGUGACAACGAGAAGUUCCUAUUUGCUGAGCAGCAUGAGCUCACCGAGAUGGCCCCACGUAGGUCUCAGGAUCGUAGGACUGAUCCAACGUUGACAGACAGCCUCAGUUUAAACAAGGAGAAGAUCAGAAAAGGUGGUAAAAGUACAGCCCUGUAGGAGGUUUGUUUCUAACGGGUGGCUACACAACAGGACCAAAAGUUACCUGAUAAAGUUGUUGAACUAAAAGACUAAUAAAAGGACCAAUCCUGUGUAUCGUGACCCAGCUGAACAUGAAAUAUUCAUCACUCUCCUUUGAAAGGAUCUCCAACCCUGGCUGGUUGUAUGUUGCAGGACACAAUUAAUCGAAAUUAACGCGUUAUUUUGACAGCCCUAAUUAUAACAGAUGAUAUGUGAUAUUUAAGUUUUGCUAGAAAGUCUUUGGUGCUUAGAUUCUACAGCAGGGCUGCCCAUUACGUCGAUCGCGAUCUACUGGAUGAUCGCAAAGGUAGUGUGCGUAGAUCGCAUGGCAUUAAAA